AUGCAACAUUGGAUAUUCACUUGUGUUUUCCUGUCCUUGACUGCGCUUGCAGUCGCUCUUCUUCAACAGCCUAAAGAUGUCAUCAGCUUCAGCGAGGAGGAAGGUGAAAAACUCGAUUUUUGGCUACAUAAGUUGAUCCAGGAAAAAUCAAAACGCUUGACAACAUUCAAGUACAACAACUGUGGAGACCCAACCAAAGAAGUGGCAAACAUCACAACACUCAUCAUAGGACCAGAUCCAUUGGUAUUCCCAGGUCCUCUCAGAGUGCAGUUCUCUGGGAUCGCUAAACAAACGAUCCAGUCACCAGUCAGGGUUGCUCUCGUGCUGGAAGUCAAGGUGGGAAGCAUCUGGGUGAAGAUACCUUGCAUACAAAAUCUGGGAUCGUGUACAUACGAGGACCUCUGUGAGCUGCUGGCUCAGAUCACUGAGUGUCCGGCACCGCUGGUCAGUGCUGGCAUUCCCUGUGCAUGUCCGUAUAAACAGGGACCUUACAGCCUGCCCCAGGCAGAGUUUGACAUCUUGGUUGCCCUGUUUCCCGCUGGAGACUACCACGCCGUGGCUAACGUGACCAAUGGCGUGACCUCCAUUGCUUGUGUGGAGCUAUUUGUCACGUUUGGUUAA